GCUGUCUCGAGCACCGUAGCUAGCUUGAUGCUAGUGUGAAAAGCUCACGAUCACUUCUGAAGGACGGAAAGAAACACACAGGCGCUGCUCGGAGCACUUUUACACAUUUCUCCACCGUCUCAGCGCUAUAAGAUUAUAUUAGCAGAGACUUGGUCAAACAAAAGAAAAGCCUUUUGUCAUGUCGGCACAGAAGAAAGGAGCUGCAGCGCGGCUGCUUAAAUGUGCCUUCUGCAGAACCAACCGGGACAAGGAGUGCGGGCAGCUGCUGCUGUCGGACAGCCAGAAGGUGGCAGCCCACCACAAGUGCAUGCUUUUCUCCUCUGCCCUGGUCACAUCUCACUCAGACAGCGGAAACAUCGGAGGAUUUUCCAUUGAGGAUGUGAAAAAGGAGAUCAAGAGGGGAAAUAAAUUGAUGUGUUCCUCGUGCCACCGGCCGGGUGCCACCAUCGGCUGUGAUGUGAAGACGUGCCGGAGGACGUAUCACUAUUACUGCGCUCUGAAAGACAAAGCCCAGGUCAAAGAGAAUCCCUCGCAAGGGAUUUACCUUGUUUACUGUCGCAAACACCGGGACGCCUCUCAGGAGGGCAUUCAAGAUGAAGAGGGAGCGGUCGCCAGUGAUUCAGAAUCGUCGCCUCCACAAAGUAGGGGAAGAGGCCGGUUUGAGAAAGGCCGAGCCAAGGUCGGAUCUCGUGGCCAAUCAGAAGACGCCCGCUCCACUUCCUCUCAGGCUGCGGACGAGGAGAGCUCCUCCCACGUAAGGCGGCGGGGAGUGACUGGACCGGUGUGUUGUCCGUGUGCGGCCUCUUGUCUUUAUGAGUGUGUGUGUGUGUGUGUGUGUGUGUGUGUGUGUGUGUGUGUGUUCCAGCGGGACAGGUCACCUCUCCGGAUCAGCGGGGGAGACGGCGGCCAGCGCUGUGGCUUCUGUCACGCUGGCGAGGAAGAGAACGAGACGAGGGGCAUGCUUCACUCCGACAACUCCAAAAAAGUGGCCGCGCACUACAAGUGCAUGCUUUUUUCAUCGGGGACGGUGCAGCUGACCACCACGUCACGGGCUGAAUUUGGAAACUUUGAGGUGAAAACUGUCAUCCAGGAAAUCAAGAGGGGGAAAAGAAUGAAAUGCACGCUCUGCACUCAGCUGGGUGCCACCAUUGGGUGUGAAAUCAAGGCAUGCGUGAAGACCUACCACUACCACUGCGGCCUGCAGGACAAAGCCAAGUACAUUGAAAACAUGGCGCGUGGCAUCUACAAACUGUAUUGCAAGAACCACAGUGGCAACGAGGAGAGGGAUGAAGAAGACGAGGAACGAGAGAACCGCAGUAGACAGAGGGCAGCAAACAACCACGGAGAAACACCGUCAACACACGUGAACGGCAACUAGGUCGGUGUGGUGGAUGUUGCGUGGGGGCGAAACCAGAAGAGCUCGAACACGAGGGACAGAUGUUUUUUUUUUAUACGAAAUCUUAGCCCGCUCACAAAGUUGUGGUCUACGAGCUCCCACGAGUCCUUUUUUUUUUUUUUUUUUUUCCUACACUGUUUCUCCCAGUAAACGGACACGAUGUCCCAGAGUGCUCCAGAUGUCGUCUACAUGUGAAGCCCUUGUUUGGACUCGACUGGAUGAGCCGCUCACAGACCGGUGGUGCUCUGCAGAGCACUGGACGGCUGCAGGACCGCGAACAGCCUCGGCUACUCUUUCCCAGGAGUCGGCGAUGGGCUCAAUUUCAAAUACGUGCGUUGUUUCCGCGAGUAAAAGCUAUUGGACUGAUCUUCUGAUUGUCACUCAAUCCCCCCCACAGAUUACAUGACAUUCUGGCUCUUCCUUCGCUUCUAAAGGACUCACUUUUAAGAGGGGUCUGUUUGUUACUAGUCUCUCUAAGUUGUGCGGUUUGAUUACCUUGUUUCUGUAAUCACGUCUUAAGAAUACUCUUUUCAUGUUAGCCUUUCUUUCUUGAUAUGUAAUAUUUUGCUACUGUAUUAUCAUCAUGAGUCAUUUUUUGAAUAUCUGGAUUUCAGACAGUCACAAUUACAAGUUUCGCCAGCAUGCACUUGGAUUUUCCCUCACUGUUCAAGGUGGCUUUCUUUUUUAAAUUUAGCUACCAAAGGGCAAUGUAGAGCUCUUUAGAGGUGUUGGCCUGACUUCGUUUUGAUGUACUGUUUACCUGUAUCUCUACAAAUGUACCCAUGAAUGAUCGGAAAUAGAAAAAUAUUUUUAUUUUACA